AUGGACCCCUCGCUGGCCAUCCAGGUUCGACGACUUGCUAGCCAAAGUUUGGAUGUGGCAAAUCAGUGGAAGCGUCAAGCGAUGCUCGUUCUGCACAGAGAGAAGGAUGCGAAUGUCAUCCACCUGCGCAAUGUGCAUGGAGGAUAUGGGAAUCAGGGUCUGUCAGGUAUAUCAGCGAAUGCCAUGGGACAUGCGACGUAA